CUCCACCCCCAACCCUCUCCUCGGGAUAGCGCUCCGCUCUAGGCUCUGUGGCCUGGCAGGUUCUGUCAGCCGUUCCUCUUCCCCUUCUUAUACCCUGGGCGCGACCCCGGGGGCGGAACGCUGCUCCGGCCAUGGGCCUAGAGCUUUACCUGGACCUGCUGUCCCAGCCUUGUCGCGCCGUCUACAUCUUCGCCAAGAAGAACGGAAUCCCCUUCGAGCUGCGCCCGGUGGAGCUGCUCAAAGGCCAGAACCACAGCGAUGCUUUUGCCCAGGUGAAUCCCCUGAGGAAGGUGCCAGCCUUGAAGGAUGGGGACUUCACUUUGGCCGAGAGUGUGGCCAUCCUGUUGUAUCUGAGUCGCAAGUAUGAGGUCCCUGACCACUGGUAUCCCCAGGACCUGCAGGCCCGUGCCCGUGUGGACGAGUACCUAGCCUGGCAGCACACAGCCCUUCGGAGUAGCUGCACCCGAGCCAUGUGGCAGAAGAUGAUGUUCCCAGUGUUCCUGGGUGAACAGGUGCCGCCUGAGACAUUGGCAUCUACUCUGACUGAGCUGGACAGGUGCCUGCAGCUGCUUGAGGACAAGUUCCUAAAGGACCAGGACUUCGUUGCUGGACCUCACAUCUCAGUGGCUGACUUGGUGGCCAUCACAGAGCUGAUGCAUCCUGUCAGUGCUGGCUGCCAAGUCUUCAAAAGCAGACCCAAGCUGGCUGCAUGGCGCCAACGUGUGGAGGCGGAGGUGGGAAAGGACCUCUUUCAGGAGGCACAUGCAGCUGUCAUGAAGGUCAAGGACUUGCCUCCAGCUGACCCGGCCACAAAGGAGAAGCUGAAACCCUCUGUGCAGGUUUUGUUGCAGUGAGGGGAAGGCCAGGCCUGCAGAGAUGAUGGAGACUCUGUUUUCAAAAUAAACAGGUGGCACUGCUCCUCCUGGGCUGUAACCAAGACACACUCUCCAGGCUCUGUUCCCCGGUUCCCUCCAGGCAUCAGGUCUUCCUUCUUUUGUUUUGUCUUCAGUCUUCACUCCCACCCCUUCCACUCUGACUUUGUGUGACUCCUGGAAAGAGCUUAGUAAACACAUAUUUGACCUUG